AUGCCUCCACCACUCCCCUCCUCCCACCGGGGGAUGACCAAAAACCCCAUCAAGCCAAGUCGCUAUCGUCCCGGAAAGGCAGUUCCUGAAGAUGAGUCUUCAGAGGAAGAGGAAGAAGACGACGAAGAGGCACAGAAAGAGGAGGAGCGUCGCAAACGCAUUGAGGCGCAGCGCCGGAGGCAGCAAGCUCCCAAAGCAAGCUCUUUCCCCGCCGCAGCGGUAGCCCAGCAGGCAGCAGAGGAUGAUGAGGAGGGAUUCGUUACCGACGAGGACGAGGACGCGCCCGCGCCCGCGCCAAAAGCUACGCAACCUACAGAGGGCAUAAAGCCUGCGCAAAAACCUACACCCACAACUGCUACAGCCGAGAGUGCGAACGAGGAAGAGGAAGAGGAAGAGGAGGAAGAUGAGGAGGAGGAAAGUUCAGAGGAAGAAAGCAGCUCUGAAGACGAAGCGCCUCGCCGAAUGCUUAUCCGACCAACAUUCAUCAAAAAAGACAAGCGCAACGCGACCCAAGAGUCUGCAGGCCAGACACAAGCUCAAAUUAAUGCGGAAGCAGAGGCAGAAGAAGCCAAGCGCGCCGCCCAACGGCAAGAAAAAGCCGACAUGCUUAUCCGCGACCAACUCGAAAAAGAAGCCAUCGCACGCUCAGCCGCCAAUCGCGCAUGGGAUGAUGACGAUCUUGUGGAAGCCAACGAAGAAGAAGCAAUCGACGAUACAGAUGGUCUCGACGCCGAAGCAGAGCUAGCAGCGUGGAAACUGCGUGAAUUGAAGCGAGUCAAGCGCGAGCGCGAAGCAAUUGAAGAAACCGAAAAAGAGCGCGAAGAAAUCGAGCGUCGGCGCAACCUUACUGCCGAAGAACGAGACCGUGAAGACAGCGAGUUCAUCGCAAAUCAGAAAGAAGAACGCGAGGCGAACCGCGGCGAGUCGGGCUUCAUGCAGCGCUAUUUCCACAAGGGUGCUUUCUUCCGUGGAGAUCUCGAGGCCGAAGGCAUUGAUCAGCGCAACCUCAUGGGUGCGCGAUUUGAAGACGACGUCAACCGUGAUACCCUGCCCCAGUACAUGCAGAUUCGGGAUAUGACGAAGCUGGGCAAGAAAGGACGCACACGCUAUAAGGACAUGAAGUCUGAGGAUACGGGUCGCUUUGGUGAUGGGCUGGAUAAUCGGAGGCGGCGUAAUGGCCCGCCUGAGGGCGUUACAGAUGAGCGCUUCAUGCCUGAUCGUCCUGGUGAUGAUCGAGACCGGGGGCCUACGGGUGCGAAUGCCAGUGUUGUGAGACCUAGGAGGCGAUCGAGGUCGCGAUCACCCCGGCGGGACCGAGAUGAUCGAGACAACGGUCGGGAGCGCAGUCGUUCCAGGGAGCGCAGGAAACGGAGUCCGUCGCCCUACGAGGAUCGGGAAAAGCGCCGACGGACGGGUUCGUGA